AUGUGAUAUGCUCUUCGGUCGGACUUGGGAAGUUGGAAGUUGGAAGUUGGGACUUCACAGCCCCACCGUCCCCCACCACCGGACCCGCCGCCGGAAUCUCAUUCGCUCACCACCACCACCACUGGCACCAACACCUUUGAAGCAUUUGAUCUCCAUCAUCUCACGCUUCCCCGUCUCUCUCUCUCUCUCUCUCUCUCCUCUUUAUCUUUCUAUCUACUUCUCUUCCUCAUAAGUGGAACUAUCUAAUUUUAAUCUCUCUAACUUCCAACUAAACCAGACCCUAAAUCAUGACCCCAACAAACGAUUAGCUCAUUAAGAUUACUGAGACGCUGUGGAAGAACCCAUAUGAUAUAACCUCUACUGCUCUGCUGGUUCUGGGCCCCUUACUCUGUAGAAGUAGAACCAACAAAAGUUCCAAAUGCCUUCCUUUAUCUCCAGUGUCUAGUUGGGACUUAGGCGCUUGGAGAGCUGAACCGACGCUGCUACAGUAAAGAACAGCCCAUGAAAGAUGGCUACCAGGGGGAGCAGAACCGAAAAAGUGAAGAGAAUCUUCCAGCAAUUCGAUGUGGACAAAGAUGGAGGUCUUAACAGGGAAGAAAUGGCCGCGCUCGUCGUCGCUGUUAACCCUAGGGUUAAGUUCAGUGACGAGCAGAUCAGUGCCAUCCUCGACGAGGUCUUCCGUACUUAUGGUGAGUUUAUCGAUGGUGAAAAGGGUCUUAGCUAUGGGGGCCUUCUUCGUACCUACGAUGAUGGUGCUGGGGAUGUGGAUCGGGACUUUGAUGCGCUCGGUCUCGAGCUCAAUUCUGACUCUGACAAAGCUAUGGAUAUGGGUUCUGAGGCAUCUUCCUCCUCGAUUGCCGACGAGAGGGUGGAGCCUCACAAGAAGCAGACGACCGCUGCCUGGGCGGCUUCCCCGAAUCAUGGGGUCGUCUUCGAUGAUACGUGGAAGCUCAUCGAUGAUUUGGAGAUUCUGGUGAAGAGGCUCAAAGCGAAGCAGGCCAAGGAUGGGAUGAUGAAGGGGGAUAGCGUUGAUGUCUACUCCGAUGCCGGCUGGUCCACGGAAUUGGGACCUUCUUCGGACCUUUCGGAGAGAAGGGUCUUCUGGGACGAGUCCGGCCAUGACUAUGCCGCGUUUGUGAAGGAGUUGGGUGUUUUGAGAAGCAGAGCGGAUGGCGCGAGGUCCAGAGAAGAAGCUUUCGAUGGGCACAAGGCGAUCGGUCGGGUCUUGUACGACCACCAACUGUUCAAGGAAGCUCUUGUGAGCUUCAAGCGGGCUUGCGAGCUUCAGCCGACCGAUGUCAGGCCACAUUUCAGGGCUGGUAACUGUUUGUACGUUCUCGGGAGACACACAGAGGCCAAAGAUGAGUUCCUGUUGGCACUUGAGGCUGCCGAGGGCGGUGGGAACCAAUUGUCUUACCUUCUUCCCCAAAUUCAUGUUAAUCUUGGGAUUUCCCUCGAAGGCGAAGGUAUGGUUUUAAGUGCUUGCGAGCAUUACAGGGAAGCUGCAAUCUUUUGUCCCACCCACUUCAGGGCUUUGAAGCUUCUUGGCAGUGCGCUGUUUGGGGUGGGAGAGUAUAGGGCGGCCGAGAAGGCACUGGAGGAGGCCAUUUUCUUGAAACCGGACUACGCAGAUGCACAUUGUGAUCUUGGUUCGGCUUUGCAUGCUAUGGGAGAGGAUGAGAGGGCAAUUCAGGAGUUUCAGAAGGCCAUAGAUUUAAAGCCUGGGCAUGUGGAUGCUUUGUAUAAUCUGGGAGGGCUUUAUAUGGAUAUAGGCAGGUAUCAGAGAGCUUCAGAGAUGUAUACCAGGGUUCUGGCUGUCUGGCCUAACCAUUGGAAGGCACAGCUUAACAAGGCUGUGUCUUUGUUGGGAACCAAUGAAGCUGAAGAAGCCAGGAAAGCACUAAAAGAAGCUUUCAAGAUGACAAAGAGAGUUGAAUUACAUGACGCUAUUGUUCAUUUGAAGCAGUUGCAGAGGAAGAAGCUCAAGGGUAAUGGUGGUACUGAAGGAGAGAGCGCAUACAUUGUAGUGGAUCCAUCAAAGUUUAAGAAAGUGGGAAGGAAGACUACCCUGAGACAAGACUUGGUCAGUGCUCUUGAAAUCAGGGCUUUCCAGAGGCUCACCAGGUUGAAUCGUUGUGACGUUGAACUUUUGAAGAAAGAAAUGAAUGAAACAGAAGUUCCAAUUUCCUAUUCUGGUAUCGGUAUUCCUGAGAGAUCUAUCCGCAAGGCUACAUUGGAGGAAAUUCUCCGUAGAUUGCUUAAUUUCUUGAAGCCUGAGACCUUCCAAGGAGCGGUCAAAGCUAUCAAUGAGAGGAUUCUUUCUGUGUUGGAUGAUUCAGGCUCUGGUAGGGUGGAUUUGGGCAUGUUCUAUGCUGUUCUUGCUCCCAUUUGUAGUGGCCUUGCUGAAAGACGCAAGAGGGUUGUCUUUGAUUCACUCCUGUGGCGACCUGUGAACGAAGGUGGAGUUUAUAUCAAGAAAGCUGACGCAGUUAAGUACAUCAAAAUGUUGAGAGCUAUCUAUAUUCCUUCCAAUGGGGUCAGUGAACUACUGGAAGUCCAUGGAGAAGCGGAUGUUUCACCAGUUUCCUUCUCAGAGUUCCUAGAGAUGUUUGAUGAUCAAGAUUGGGGUUUUGGAAUAAUGUCUACUCUAAUAAAGCUUGAAACUGGGGACAGAACACGCCAUGGUCGCCAUGCUUGUUCUCUGUGCCGCUACCCUAUAAUUGGGUCUCGUUUCAAGGAGAUGAAACUGCGGUUCAGUUUGUGUAGUCAAUGCUAUUGUGAAGGGAAGGUACCUUCUGGAUUCAAGCAGGAAGAGUAUAAAUUCAAGGAGUAUGGGAGUGAAGGUGAAGCCAUGAAAGAUAAGUGCAUGUUCUUCGGUUUCCAUUCUAAAAGCUCAUCUGAGAAUGAUCAAUGACUUGUUUGAAGUUCAUGUAAUAUUUCCCACUGUGCCAUUGUAUAAUAAAUGUCCUUGGAUGGGGCAACCCUCGUAGAUUUGUGAAGUUAUUAUUCCUUUUCUGGUUCAUCCACACUUGGUGAUUUUGAGCAGAUGGAAAUGAAAUCAUAGAUGUGUAUAAUUUCUGUAAUAGUCAUUCCCUCUGUAUAAGCAUAUUUGAUGCUUCUUCUUAUCAGUUGUGUUUGUCGAUUUGGCUUGAUUGGUUGGCAUUUUUCCUCAUUUUGUUGUUUUACGGAUCUAUGUAGUCAACCCCAUUAAGUUAAGAUGAGAUUGAGUUUUUUGUUGUUGGUUGGCCUUUUUUUCCCGAGAGAUUGAGGUAAAGCAUUUGUAUGAGAAAAAUCUCUCCCUUAUUAAAGAUGUGGUUUCUUUUGUAUUA